AUGUUUGACAUUUUUUUGAAACUACAAGCUACCACUGGAGAAAAUGGUGGCAUUCAAAAUGGAGAAAACAUUCCAGUCCACCUGAAGCACAGCUACUGGACUGCAUUGUUGGGAAUUACAAUGGGAUUACUGUCAGGUGUAAGUCUUGCUAUCUCUGAUGUAUUUGUUAUGUUGUGUAUCAAGAUUGGAUAUUCACCAUCACAGGUUUUACUUGUCAAAUCAUUGAUGAUUGUGGCAAUAACUAUACCAUUGCUCAUCUACAAGGGAAUUAAUAUUCUGAAACUCAAAAAGAAGGACGCUAUUUUGAACAUUGUGAAAGGCUUUAGUGAGAAUGGAGCAUGCCUAGUUUACUAUUAUGCCAUGGAUGGGAUUGGAAUGGGAGAUACAGCCGCAAUAACAGUAGGAACAUUACCAAUAUUUGCACCUAUGUUUGCGUGCAUAUUCAUAAAAGAGAAGUGCAAACUCCACGACUGCGUUAGUGUUGUCAUCAAUGUUGCUGGGAUUAUAUUAGUAUCACGACCUCAAUUCAUAUUUGCUGAUGUCAUUGUAUUUCAUAAACAAGUAGUUAAUUUAGAAAUAAUUGGUGCUUUUCUUGUUAUUCUCAGUUCUGUUAUUGUAUUUGUGUUUGUAUGCUUUGAAACCAAGCAAAGUGUAAGUGAAGAAACAAAACUUGUUCAGAAACCCAAAUAA